AUGGACAACCAACGUGCUAAUACCUUCCCAACCAUACUGCCUGCCAGCGUGCUCACAAUAGAAGGCUUCCGUGAGAUAAGAAUCGCGCGUCUCAAAGAGCAAAUCCCCCAAGUUCCCGACGAAGAUACGAAAAGGAACUUGGAAUUUGUUCUACAGUAUUACGAGAAUGGCGGCACACCUCCGCCAAACAACGAGACGUGGUUGGUACAUGACGGCAAGUUUGUAACACUUGCGAACGGUGAUCGGGCGACAAUGAGAACGAUCGGGUCGACGGCGCACUUCCAGGGCUUCACCAUGGAGUCUGGCGUGUACCGCCAGGGCCUCCAGACGACUUUGCUUCCUGCCAAUGGUGCCGGCCCUUAG